AGCUGGUACCCACAUAAUGCCUGUUUCUUGACCUAUAAAAACAAGUGUUUACCAUAACAGCUCUCACCAAAACUUGAAAACAUACAAAGCUUUUCUCCACUUUCAGGGUCCUUAGUACCUUACUAUCAUUAUUUGCUUAUCUAUACUGAACUAAAAAACCAUGGCUAUACGUAUGCCUCGUAUAAUCAAGAAGUCUUCUACUGCUGGAGAUGUUCCUAAAGGCCACUUUGCUGUUUAUGUUGGGGAAAAGCAGAAGAAGAGAUUUGUGAUCCCUAUAUCAUUCUUGAGCCAACCUUUAUUUCAAGAUUUACUUAACCAAGCAGAGGAAGAAUUUGGCUUUAAUCAUCCAAUGGGUGGUGUCACAAUUCCCUGCAGCCAGGAUGUGUUCAUUGAUCUCACUUCUCGCUUGAGUAGGAUCUGAGGCUUUUCACCUUACACAAUUUUGUAAACAACUAACCUUUCUAGUUAGCACCAUGUUACUGAUAAUUAGAUAGAGGGGACUGACUAUGUACUCUCAGCUGUAACCGUACAUCCUAAUUUUGAAUGUAAUUUUCAGUAGAAAAUGAAAUUUGUUCAGAUUCAUUCUUUAGCCAA